CUACGUUUAUAUUGCCUAUUUUCUUUAACGCAAGCGGCAUUUCUGAUUUUGUUGAAGUUGACAACCAACGUGAACCUACAGUGAUGAGUCUAGCCCUAAGAGCCGAGUUUGCGCUGGAGAAGGGUAAGAAAAAGAAGAAGAGGGAAUUAGCUGAGGAGCAGAAACAAGAAAUCAGGGAGGCUUUUGACUUGUUUGAUACAGACAAAGACCGGGCCAUUGACUACCAUGAACUCAAGGUAGCCAUGAGAGCUUUAGGAUUUGACGUGAAGAAAGCAGAUGUUCUGAAAAUUCUCCGUGAUUAUGACAGAGAGGGUACAGGCAAAAUUUCCUUUGAAGACUUCAAUGAAGUCGUGACAGACAUGAUGCUGGAGAGAGACCCGCAGGAGGAGGUGCUCAAAGCUUUCAAAUUGUUUGAUGAUGACACGUCGGGGAAGAUCAGCCUCCGCAACCUCAGGAGAGUAGCCAGGGAACUAGGAGAAAACAUGACCGACGAGGAGUUACGAGCUAUGAUUGACGAGUUUGACAGAGAUGGAGACGGAGAGAUCAAUGAGGAUGAAUUUAUCGCCAUUAUGACAGGAGACACGUGAAAAAUAUUGCCAGUGUUGUGUGUGAGCUAUAUAUUCUUAUUUAAAUAUAUUGUUUGAUGACAGGGACAAAUUCAAAAUAUCCAAAGUUAAAGGUUAACCCAGAAAUUCUAUAAAAGCAAACAAACUAAAUUGAUGCAUUAAAAGCAGUAUAAUAUAUGUAUGUAUAUAUAUUUUGAUCACAAGUGCUUGCUUAACAGUUACAUGAUGUGACAUGGGAUGUUCUUGAGCUUUUAUUUGAAAAAUAUUAUAUGCAUUUCAUUCCUAAUAUAAAAUAAAAUGAUAUCUUUUAAGCAUAACACAUCAAUACGGUAGGGUUAUACAAAGAAUUAAAAUAAGCUCUUAGCUUGUUCUCCAAUCCUUCUGAAAUAAUAUGUAUAAUAACCUUGCCUAAUUAUUGAAUAAAAUACUGGUUAAACUAACUUAUGUUAUGGCAAUAUAAAAUGUAAGGUAUGUGUAUGUAAAAAUAUGAGAGAAGUUGUGGUUAAUUUUAUAACUUUAAGACUUCUGGUUCGGUGAAACCUAUUCGGAGAAAGAUAUUUCUGGUUUUUUUAAUUGCUUGGCAUACUUUUGAUACCAAAGCAAUAUGGCCUUGGAUUAACAUAUAUCUGCUGUUUCUAUAGUGAAUUAGCUAAAGUUAAGUGUAUUCUCUAGACCUUAAUAUUGUAGUCUAGAUAUGAUGUGUUUUUGGUUUGUAUUUAUCAUUGCUUGAUUUUUGACAUCAUUGUCUUUUUGAUGUCAUUAAAUUGUAUUUUUAUGAUUUCAAAAUUCUCUGAGAAUGACAUUCCAGUUAAUUUACUUCCUAUGCUAAUCUGAAUAUGAUGAUUAUUUCAAAUCAAAAAAAGAAAGAAAAACGGAAACCUAGAAAUGAAGGAACACUAAUUUGAAUACAGCAAAAUCAAGAUUUACCUAGUUGUGAAUCACUUUUUCCGACAAAAUGUAUAUAGCUUAUGACUGUUAACUCAUUCACCCCUGAAGACACAUUUGAACUCUUCCAAUUCAAAGGUUGGAAUAGUUCAUUAUGAAAUUUCAGGGGUGAAUGAGUUAAGGCUCAAUAACCCCCGCCAGUCAUGUUCCCAGCAAAACUGGUUUGAUUUUAGAUGAAUGGGAUACUUAAACAGUAUAAAAAAUAUAUAUAUCAUAAAGGCCAAUCUGUCUACAAAAACAUUUCUAAAUGUGGAAAGUCAGUAAGUCACAUUCCAUGUUGAUAGGUCACAAGGUCAAUGAGUAGAUCGGAUGAUUCAAAACUGUAUAAAUCCCUUUAGCUACUUCAAAAUUACAAACAAAAUUGCGAAAAUUAAAACAUUAAUGUAUUGAAGUUGAAAUAUAAAUUGACAAAAGAUUGUAUUUUUUUAUGGAUUUUUAGCCGAGUAUAAGAUAUGCCAACAAAUAAUUUUGGGAGAAAAUGAGAACGAAUUAAUCUGGUCUAUUAUGGUUUGCAAUAUCCAUUUGCACUUGUGAAGCUGGUAGAUUCAGCCAUGGACGUUAUUGUUGGGGUCUUACUUAUUAGUGUGUAAUCCAGGGGCCUGUUCGUUUAUGUGGAACAACCAGAUUGUCAUUUUUUUAAAUGUAACAUAUUUUGGUAUAAAUCCAGGUUGUUCUGCAAAUGUUUAUGCAGGACUUGUCUGGAACGAACAACUCUUGUCCAACCGUCUUGAUCACAAUGAACGAAAGUGACCCAGAUGUCUGCUCUAUUGCUUAUACUAUGUGUUCCUAACAUGCUUUGCGAUCGAAUGACGUACAUUGCCCUGAUGCCAUUUUUUUUAUCAGCGAGUUUGUGGAUGAAUGUUAGUAUGUAAGGUUAUAUGUACGUGUGUGUGUUUGUUAAUGAUAGUGUACAUUGGUUGGUGAAAUAUGGACUAUUGUUUAGUACAAGUUUUACUGUACAUCUGUCAGGAUGUGCAAAUAUGGACUAUUGUUUAGUACAAGUUUUACUGUACGUAAGCCUGUCAGGAUGUACACAUGUCACUAGAUGUGGAUGAGGAUGUGUCAAUACACAGGUACUUCCCAAAAUUCAUUAAAUUUCCUUGGUUAUUAUGCACUACAAGUAUAUAUACCCAUGGGGAAAAUGAAUAUGUGACCAGUACCUAUUUUUUAUUAUAUAAGGAUGAGAAGGUGUUUGUACACAGGUACUAAAUACAUAUAUAUACUAGGUAACCACCCAUACGGAAAUUGUGUCGUGACCAGUACCUCUGUGUGUGAGAGGAAUAGACUCUAUAUGUGGGGAGUAGCUAGAUGCAGAGGUGUUCUAAUAUUUUAUCUGUGAUGUGAUUCUGUAGUGUUAUGAAUGCAGCAUCAUUAUACAUUAUUGUACAUUACCUUUUGAGACUGUCAAAAGAUGUUUCCUUUUGAGACUGUCAAAAGAUGUUUCCUUUUGAGACUGUCAAAAUAAUAAAUCUUUUGACAUAGAC